AUGAAGUCCCCUUCAGGCAAGAUUAAGAUCGCAAUCGACAGAGGAGGCACCUUUACGGAUGUCUGGGCCAGUCUCCCCGGUCAACCAGAUAUCGUGCUCAAACUUCUUUCGGUCGAUCCGGCCAACUAUGACGAUGCACCUACAGAAGGAAUCCGGAGAGUACUAUCGCUCUACUAUGGCAGGGAGUUACCCCGCGGACAACCUCUUCCCAAGACGGACCUUGAAUUCAUCCGGAUGGGAACGACUGUCGCGACGAAUGCAUUACUUGAGCGCAAGGGAACGCGACAUGCGUUUCUCGUAACGAAAGGCUUCCGCGACCUGCUAAGAAUUGGGUAUCAGUCUCGACCUCGGCUGUUUGAUCUGAACAUCGUCAAGCCAGACGUGAUGUAUGAUGAAGUGCGUGAAGUCGACGCGCGGGUAACCAUCGAAGGCUUUGACGAAGACAUUGACAGGCUUUUCGCGUGCGAGAAAGAGACCCCCGGAGUCUUGGUGCGCGGGAUCAGCGGAGACAUGGUACGAAUAUUGAAGCCUCUGGACGAGGAACAAGUUCGCCAUACUCUACGAGAAUUGCGUGGGAUUGGGAUCGACACGCUCGCGGUAUGCUUCGUGCACUCGUACAUCUUCCCCGACCACGAGAAUCGCGUGUACCAUAUUGCGAUGGAGGAAGGGUUCACACAUGUUUCCCUGUCUUCGUCUGUGGCUGCCAACAUGAUUAAGAUGGUGCCGCGAGGAAGCUCCGCUUCAGCAGAUGCCUACUUAACCCCGGAAAUCAAGAAGUAUCUCACGGGCUUCUCAAAGGGGUUUGAAGGUGGAAAUCUCGAUGGCGUGCGGUGUGAUUUUAUGCAGUCUGAUGGGGGUCUUGUUAACCACCACUCGUUUAGCGGUCUCCGUGGCAUCUUGAGUGGACCUGCAGGUAGUUCUCCCUCGGAACUGUCAUCUAUGAAGCGCACUGCUAACGAGACAGGUGGCGUUGUCGGUUAUGCAAACACUUCCUACGACGGAGAGUCUCAAACCCCAGUAGUCGGAUUCGACAUGGGAGGUACAUCCACAGAUGUCUCACGUUAUGGGGGCCAUCUGGAGCACGUAUUUGAGAGCGUUACUGCGGGAGUGACUAUCCAGAGCCCGCAGCUCGAUAUCAACACAGUCGCUGCAGGCGGAGGAUCUAUCCUGGCCUGGAGGAACGGCCUCUUUACUGUCGGCCCCGAGAGUGCCUCAUCACACCCUGGUCCAGCUUGUUACCGAAAGGGAGGCCCAUUGACCGUGACGGAUGCGAACCUCUUCCUUGGACGGCUGCUCCCAGAGUUCUUUCCACAUAUCUUUGGGGAGAAUGAAGACCAACCGCUCGAUACGGAGGUUGUGAAACAGAAGUUCAUCUCCCUGACAGCAACGAUAAACGCCGAGACGGAGAAAUCGAUGACGCCCGAGGAAGUGGCGUGCGGAUUCCUCGACGUGGCUAACGAGGCUAUGUGUCGGCCAAUUAGAGCGUUGACCGAAGGAAAAGGAUACGAUAUUGCAAACCAUAAUCUCAGUGUCUUUGGAGGCGCUGGUGGCCAACAUGCCUGUGAUGUCGCUCGUAAGCUGGGCAUCUCAACAGUCAUCAUACACAAAUAUUCCAGCAUCUUAUCUGCAUAUGGCAUGGCCCUGGCGGACGUGGUGCAAGAGACGCAAGAGCCAGUGAACGAGACGUACAGCGACGACUCUCGAGGCCGGCUUGAACAGCGCUUGUCCGUGCUGCGAGACAAGGUCUGUCAGCAGCUCCGUGACCAGGGCAUGCAGGAGAACGAUACUUCAUACGAGAUGUAUCUCAACAUGCGAUAUCAAGGCACCGAAACUUCCAUCAUGGUCCUCCAACCACCGAACGGAGACUUCAAAACGGAGUUCAAGAAAGCACAUCUUCGGGAGUUUGCCUUUUUGUUCCCCGAUGAGCGACCGAUCUUCGUUGACGACGUUCGUGUCAGAGGAAUCGGGGCAAGGGGUCGUCAAGGACCAUCUGACGGGAACCGACUGGGAAAGGAACUGCGAAAUUCACAUUGCCAUAAGGUGUCCGUGGAUACCGCAGAGCGAAUGCGACAGACAAAGGUGUAUUUUCAAGGGACUGGCAAUACUCCGACCCCUAUCUUUCUCCUGCACAAGCUGUCACCAAAUACCGCUAUACCUGGACCGGCAAUCAUUAUUGAUCAAACCCAGACCCUCGUCAUUGCACCAGAUGCGGAAGCCAGAGUGCUCACAUCACAUGUUGUGAUUGAUGUCAAAGAGCCCUCAUCCGUCGCUAUGAAGGACCCAACGACAGUCGAUCAUAUCCAGCUGUCCGUGUUCGGACAUCGAUUCAUGAGCAUUGCUGAACAAAUGGGCCGGGCCCUGCAGAAGACCGCGGUAUCGUUAAAUAUCAAGGAAAGACUGGACUUUUCCUGCGCCUUGUUCGGACCAGACGGAGGUCUGGUGGCCAACGCACCUCAUGUCCCCGUUCACCUCGGGUCGAUGAGCUACGCGGUGAAAUAUCAGCAUGAGCUACACAAGGGGCAGCUGGUCCCUGGCGACGUCUUGGUAGCCAAUCACCCCGAGGCCGGGGGUACCCAUCUGCCCGAUAUCACUGUGAUAACGCCGGUGUUUGAGAAGUCCGGCAAGGAAAUCGCCUUCUAUGUAGCGUCGCGUGGCCACCAUACUGACAUAGGCGGCCUGGGAGGAACAUCCAUGCCACCCAACUCCACCGAGCUGUGGCAGGAGGGCGCUGCGAUCCGAUCUUUCAAGCUCGUCCACUGCGAGAAGUUUGACGAAGAAGGGAUAACGCAGAUUCUGCUCGCGCCAGGAGAGCAUCCCGGAUGUGCGCCUAGUCGCCACAUUGGUGACAACAUCUCGGACCUCAAGGCCCAAGUCGCCGCCAAUCACAAGGGCAUGACGCUUGUGCAAGCUUUGAUCGAGGAGUACACGCUUCCGGUUGUACAGCUAUACAUGGGAGCCAUCCAGUCGAAUGCCGAGAUCGCCGUGCGGGCAUAUCUUCGCUCCAUGCGCGAGCAGUUGGGUCCGCACUUGACGUACGAGGACCAAAUGGACAACGGCUCGCUGAUCAAGCUAUCCAUCACCAUAUCAGAAGAUGGAUCUGCGACAUUCGACUUCACAGGAACUGGCUGCGAGCUCCUCAGCAACAUCAACGCACCGCCGGCAAUCACCCACUCCGCCAUCAUUUACACGAUCCGUCUCCUCAUCGGCACCGACAUCCCCCUCAACCAGGGCUGUCUUGCGCCGAUUGACGUGAUUCUCCCCAAGGGAACCUUCCUCAACCCCUCAGCCGGGCCGGCCGUGUGCGCCGGGAACACCCAGACAUCGCAGAGACUCGUCGAUGUCAUCCUGGGCGCGUUCCGCGCCGCCGCCGCCUCGCACGGCUGCAUGAACUGUCUCGGGUUCUUCGGCGAGGGAGGGAAAGACUCCAAUGGCAAGAAACUCACCGGAUAUGCGUACGCUUUCGGGGAAACUAUCUGCGGUGGGUCAGGGGCUACCGAGACCCAGGAUGGUGCGUCCGGGGUGCAUACCCACAUGACAAACACUCGCAUCACCGACGCAGAGAGCCUGGAGAAACGGUACCCUGUUAUUCUGCGGGAGUUUGCGAUACGGCCCGACACCGGUGGAGGCGGGCUUUACCGCGGCGGUGACGGAGUGGUGAGAGACAUCGAAUGUCGCGCGCCGUUGAGCUUCAGCGUCAUCACGGAGCGACGGAGCGUUCCUCCCUACGGCAUGAACGGUGGAGAGCCUGGGGAGCGGGGAGCAAAUUAUUGGGUGCGACGCGUUCAGAAUGAAGCUGGUCAGGAGGAAUGGAGAUGGGUGAAUAUGGGGGCGAAGAACAUGGUUCGCAUGGAAGCUGGGGAUCGCUGUGUUAUUCAUACUCCUGGUGGAGGAGGAUGGGGGUCGGUGGGUGUAAAUGGCAGCGCAGAGCAUGCAAUCGGGACGAAAGGAGGCGUGGGUUACUAUCCUCGUGCAUCAGGCAGUGUGUCUGCGUACAUGAUGGCGCAGGAGAGCUCUGCAUGA